AUGCCGGCCCUCCUGCUCCUCGUACUCCUGGCCUCUAGCGCCGGCCAGGCCGGGGCGCGCCCGUCCAACGCCACGAGCACUGAGUCCGCGGGCCCGCUGCCCGCCCUGCUGGCGCACCUGCGGCGCCUGACCGGGGCGCUGACGGGUGGCGGGGGCGCAGCGAGCCCGGGCGCCAACGGCACGAGGACCGGCCCCGCGAGCGGGACGGGCGCGGCGGCCCGGGCGCCCCCUCCCGCCGAGCUCUGCCACGGCUACUACGAUGUCAUGGGCCAGUACGACGCCACCUUCAACUGCAGCACCGGCUCCUACCGCUUCUGCUGCGGCACCUGCCACUACCGCUUCUGCUGCGAGCACCGUCACAUGCGCCUGGCGCAGGCCUCCUGCUCCAACUACGACACGCCGCGCUGGGCCACCACGCCGCCGCCGCUAGCCGGGGGCGCCGGGGGCGCUGGGGGUGCGGGCGGGGGGCCAGGGCCCGGCCAGGCCGGGUGGUUGGAAGGGGGCCGGACGGGGGGUGCCGGGGGCCGUGGGGGCGAGGGCCCCGGUGGCAGCACAGCCUACGUCGUGUGCGGGGUCAUCAGCUUCGCCCUGGCCGUGGGCGUCGGCGCCAAAGUGGCCUUCAGCAAGGCGUCCCGUGCGCCCCGGGCGCAUCGGGAGAUCAACGUGCCCAGAGCUCUGGUGGACAUUCUGAGACAUCAGGCGGGGCCUGGGACCCGCCCGGACCGGGCCCGAAGCAGCUCCCUGACCCCGGGGAUCGGCGGUCCCGACAGCAUGGCCCCCAGGACGCCCAAGAACCUCUACAACACCGUGAAGACCCCCAACCUCGACUGGCGAGCCUUGCCGCCGCCCAGCCCCUCCUUGCACUACUCCACGCUGUCCUGCUCUCGGUCCUUCCACAACCUCUCGCAUCUGCCCCCGUCCUACGAGGCUGCUGUGAAGUCCGAGCUGAACCGCUACUCCUCCCUCAAGAGGCUGGCCGAGAAGGAUCUGGACGAGGCCUACCUGAAGCGCCGGCCCGUGGAGUUGCCCCGGGGCACGCUGCCCCUGCACGCGCUGCGGCGGCCGGGCACCGGGGGCGGCUACCGCAUGGAGGCCUGGGGCGGCCCUGAGGAGCUGGGCCUGGCGCCCGCGCCCAACCCCCGGCGGGUCAUGUCCCAGGAGCACCUGCUGGGCGAUGGCGGCCGUUCGCGCUACGAGUUCACGCUGCCGCGGGCGCGCCUCGUGUCGCAGGAACACCUGCUGCUGUCCUCGCCCGAGGCCCUGCGCCAGAGUCGCGAGCACCUGCUGUCGCCCCCGCGCAGCCCCGCGCUGCCCCCCGACCCCACCGCCCGGGCCAGCCUGGCCGCCUCGCACUCCAACCUGCUGCUGGGGCCCGGGGGGCCCCCAACACCUCUGCGCGGGCUGCCGCCACCGUCCAGCCUGCACGCCCACCACCACCACGCCCUGCACGGCUCGCCGCAGCCCGCCUGGAUGUCCGACGCCGGCGGGGGCGGGGGCACGCUGGCCCGCAGGCCGCCCUUCCAGCGCCAGGGCACGCUGGAGCAGCUGCAGUUCAUCCCGGGCCACCACCUGCCCCAGCACCUGCGCACGGCCAGCAAGAACGAGGUGACUGUCUGA